AUGUUUCCAUUCAACGGGCACGACGAAAGUGGCCCUCAACCUCUGACAGACGAAGACCAUCAGAUUUUGACCUCACUCGUCCAAAAGUAUGGACACUCUAGCAUCAUGUAUGCCUUGACCGGCUAUGGGGAGUCUUCUCGCGCCUCCAUCUUCUCCGCCAACACAUUACUGAGUAGCGCUGGUGCUAGCAUGAGCGCACCGUCCCUGGCGUGGACGAGUUCAGAAGCAUCGCAGUGCAGAUCCGAUGCAGCUUCCAUCCACACUCAACACACAUGGCCCGAAGUCGUCGCAGACAUGCCCCCCAUGCACGACGCAGAAGCCGGAAAGCUCGCUGAGCGCUCGUGGCUCGACUCGCCUGCCCCCGUGCCAUCGCCCAUGAUUGCCGAAGGAGCCUCUCACCCGUCUCCGCGACUCAUCGCACCGACUGGUAAAAAGUACCAGUGCCCCAUGUGCUACCUUGACAGCAGUCCUGUUGGCUUCGGCCGCAAGAGCGACUUCAAGAAGCAUUUGCACAACUUUCACGGAUCGGAUGUAGUCUGGAUCUGCCACACCAAGGGCUGCCACCUGUCCUUCUCUACAGAACGCGCCUACAGUACACACGCUAAGGAAGCCCAUCGCAUGAAGGCCUUGCCCAACAGCACCGCUCGAGCCGAUCUGUGCCCACAAGUUGUCUUUUCUUGUGGGUUUGCGACGUGUCGCGAUCGUCUCUUUGAGGCUGCCUCGGCAGAAGACGCCUCGGCCACGCGCGACAAACAUUUCGAACACAUUGCCAAGCACUUCGAGGACGACUUUGACGUUAGCAACUGGGAGUACAAGGUGCAGAUUCAGAAUCUGUUGCGACAGCAACAAGUGAAGCCAGUUUGGAAGACGUGUAUUUGGCCUAAGGAGAAGCGCCAGCAGUUGCAAUGGCGCGCUCGUUCUUCUGGCGAUCUAAGGCGGAUGCUGGAAGCCCGUCAUCUCGGAUCCGACAUUUCUCAGAUUGUUCGCCUCGCGUUUAUCCUGGGCAACGCACCCUUCUCUGCUUCCGGUGCGGCGCCGCCCGGGGAGCUCGAGUCGUACUUCCAACUCCCGUAUCGAAACCAGUGCCCCGUUGAUGCUCCUACGCUGUCCGCCUCGCCACCGGGCGUAAAGGGCGAGGAGGACAGCUCAUCGACAUUCAGCUUUUCCAAGUAUCGAUCCAGCACGCAAACCGUGUUUCGACUGUCUGGGCGCAACUCGAAGAGGGCGUCUCGACCGCCGACACCGACGCCCGUGACGGAGAUGGUGCCGGACACCGUUAUGGCGGAGGACGGUGGUGCGGCUGGCCCGCACCCUGGCACGCCGUUCCAAAUCCCCAACGAGACCGCGUGGCACGAUGCGCCUAAGUUUGCGCCGGAGCAGCCAGUAAUGCACAAGCCGAUGGAACAGCCGAUGGAGAGCCCGAUGAUAUAUCCCUUGCAGGGGCAGGACCAGGCGUACGCGACGUGGACGGGCAUGGACACGCCAAUGUCGCACGGUGUGGACGGAAUGCAUCACCACCACCAACACCACCAACAGAUGGAAGGGAUGCACAUGCAAUACCAGGUCCACGCACAACACCCUAGCCCGCACGCGCAGCUGGGCAGCAACGGUGGCAUGUACAACUACGCGAUGAACGCCAGCCCGACGUCGACGGUGGUACGUCCGGGGACGCCGACGCCACACAAGCGGCCUGGCUCAUGGAGCCGUGUGAUGAGCAUGGAGAGUCUGCGGCCGAGCAAGAAGAUGCCACCGCAGGACAUGGGGAUGCUGCCGACGUCGAUGGGCAUGUAG